AUGAGGUACCCUCCGCAACGCACAACGCUCAGCGUCGUCGUCCGCCGCAUCCACAGCUCCGUCACCGGCCGUCGACCCCGUCGCUCUAUCCACCUCACCGCGCCGGGCUCCCUGCCUCGCAAUCGACCCUUUUUCACCUCGAACCCCUUCCUCUCCUCCAGCAGCAACAGCCCUCCCGACGACGCCCGGCACGCCCCAGAGACGCCGCCAGGCAACUCGGCCACCGCCUCCGCCUCCGCCUCCGCCCCCGCCCCCGCCGCCGCCAAGCGAAAACCCACCCGGUCCGCUUCCGCAAAAGCCUCUCUGCGCCGGGUCGCCAUCAUCGCCCAGCAGCCCAAGCGCGCCGCCCAAACCCCGGUCCCGACCCCGGACCUCGCCGUCGACCCGUCCGCCGCAACAACCAUCAGCGCCGCGUGCGUGGCCGAGUCGUUCGACAUGCCGUCCGUGGUGGAGGUUCUCGCCUCGCACGGGUUCGGCAUCGAUCCCGACCGGACCGGCUUCGACGCCAACGAGGUCGUGCACGCGAGGGGCGUCAACGGCGGCGACAUCUUCGUCUUCCCCUCCGGCACCGUCGUCACCUGGUCGCUGCCGCCCGACGUGGUGACCAAGCAGCUUCUGCGGGCGGCCCAGAACCCCCACCCCCCGGACCUCCGCGAGGCCGAGGACCUCGACUUCGUCGCCGACACGGGCCGCGCCGAGAGCACCAUGAAGGGCGACAUGGUCGUCCUCGGCACGCGGCGCGAGUCCGCCGAGGGCGACACCCUCGACACCACCCUGGCCAAGAUUGCCUUCUCGUCCGGCCUGGCGCGCAGCACCAAGCUGGCCGUGCUGGAGAGCGCCCUGACGAGCUACUUUGAGAGCACCAGGAACAUACCCGCCAUCCUGUCCCACGGCUCCGUCCUGCCCCUCGGCCGCAAGUUCAUCCUGCAAAAGACGGGCGAGCUGCUGAGCCUGCGCGCCAAGCUCAACCACUACUCGGAGCUGACCGACUCCCUGCCCGACAUCUUCUGGGACAGCAAGUCGGAGCUCGGCCUCGAGGGGUACUACGACCAGGUCGGCCGCGCGCUCGACGUCAACGUGCGCAUCCGCAUCCUGAAUCAAAAGAUGGACUACGCCCAGGAAAUCGCGAGCGUGUUGCGCGAAAUGUCGAGCGAGCAGCACGGCACCCGGCUCGAGCUCAUCAUCAUUCUCUUGAUUGCCGUCGAAGUCGUCUUUGAGCUGCGGAGGAUCGUCUUGGAAUGGGGGCAGGAGGGACAGGCCGCAGAACUGGCCGCAGAGCCGGCCGCAGAACCGGCAGCUUCUGCUCGCCAUGCUCGGUGA